AUGAAUUUGAGUUAAGAAGGAGUUCUUCCUUGGUAAAGAAACAAGCAUAAUAAGCUGCUUUUAAAGAAUGAGAUUGGGAAGGCUAAAUAAUCCACAUACAAUCUUCCCCCCAUCAAUCAUGUUUAUGGCAAACCUCCAAAAAAAGAUGCUGAAGGAGCCAAGGAAGUUACAAUGACUUGGAAGUAUCAUGACGAAAGUAAAGACAAAGAACCACCUAGAGAUUUUUUAAAGCUCAAUCGCGAUUGCAUAAAAGACAAAUGCUUUAAUGCGAAGGAAAUCUCAAGAUAUCGUGACUCUCAUUAAGAAGUAAAGAAGAAAAUAAAGAAAGGUAAAAUUGGAAUUGAAUUAGACUUGCCUAAUGAUGACUUCCGUUACGGUGUGAGAAAUAAACCAUCUACUCCUAUAAACUAAGUAUUAGAAUUGCAUUAUUUGUAGGAGCAUGAGAGAAAACUUUUAGAUUAUUAUGCAAUCCAAAGAUAGGAAUAAAAGAAGGAGAAGAAACUAGUUAUUAAAUCAAAUCAAGCAAGCUAGUUAAGAUCAAUUUCUCAAGAAAGAUUAGAUUAGUAAAAAGUUGCUUAAAAUAUUGUAAACGAUUUCAAGUUAGAAAGAUUUAAAAAUAUCAAGCCAAAAAUUCAAACUAGAUCAAACCAGAAUCUUAAUUAAAAUCACAGCUAAGAGGAGUUCCUUAAUUAAAGCUCAGAACAUGCCGCAUGA